UAUAAGAUGAAACUUUUACCUUUUUCCGGUUUCUGAGAACUCCCUCCCGUUCGGCACUGUCUGCGCUUCCGUUCUGAGCCUUCCCUCGUUUUCUUCCUCUCGUUCCCCUUUCCUCACCGCCGAAGCCUUGUUUUCCGUACGGAAUGCAUCUCGCCGUCGCCGAGAACCGCCGUGUCACCGUGUACAAGAUUGUUUCUCUUGGUUGCUGAUAAAAACCGCUGAAUUUGCCGUCUACGUUGCCGGUGAUUUGCCUUGGGGUUAAAGAUUCGGAUCUCGAGGAGAUUUGGCGGUGAGAGAGUAAUGUGGGAUCGGUAACUGGGGAGGACGGCGGUUUCCCUUACUCUUUCGUUGGGGAUUGUGCUCAGGAACUAGCUUCGGUCGCGCCGCGUAGGAUUUUAUGUUUCCUAUUUCAAUCCUUGGAUGGUGGUUUCGCUUCACUGAUCGGCGGAUUGUGGAGGAGUUUCAUUUGGCCGAGAUCGUUAUGAAAUGGUGGAGGGUAGGUCAUGUUUGUCUGGAGAGGUUAGAAGUGGUUUAGAAAUUUUGAAGCGUAAGAGACUUGAGCGAAUGAAGUUUUGCACUUUUCCUGAAACAGCUAAUGCGGCAAGUACAACAUCUAGAAGUUGUGGAGAUGCUAUCAGAGCUCCAAUAUCAUGUGGAAAUAGAUCACAUGGCAUUGCAAAUGCAUUUUUCAAUGGCAGUGCUUCUUCAAAAGAUGCCUAUUCAAAGCGCAAAGUUGAAUGCUUUGAUAUGUCUAACUUGGAAUGGUUAGAUCAGAUUCCAGAAUGUCCUGUAUUCUGCCCAACAAAGGAGGAAUUUGACGAUCCAUUAAUUUAUCUCCAGAAGGUUGCGCCUAUAGCUUCAAAAUAUGGUAUCUGCAAGAUAAUUUCCCCUAUUUGUGCUACUGUACCUGCUGGUGUUGUAUUGAUGAAGGAGCAAGUUGGAUUCAAAUUUACUACUCGUGUGCAGCCUUUUCGUUUCUCUGAGUGGACUACGGAUGACAAAGUUACAUUUUUUAUGAGUGGAAGGAAGUAUACAUUUAGGGAUUUUGAGAAGAUGGCAAACAAAGAGUUCACUCGAAGAUUUUCCAGCGCUGGAUGUCUCCCUUCUAAGUAUGUUGAAGAACAAUUUUGGCAGGAAAUUGCUUUUGGGAAAACAGAGUUUGUUGAGUAUGCUUGUGACGUUGAUGGCAGUGCUUUUUCAUCUUCCCCUAAUGAUCAAUUGGGGAAAAGUAAAUGGAACUUGAAGAAGCUUUCUCGUCUUCCCAAGUCUGUGUUGAGGCUUCUGCGGUCUGCUAUUCCUGGAGUAACUGAUCCCAUGCUUUACAUAGGAAUGCUAUUUAGCAUGUUCGCCUGGCAUGUUGAAGAUCACUAUUUGUAUAGCAUCAACUAUCAUCAUUGUGGAGCAUCUAAAACUUGGUAUGGAAUCCCUGGUCAUGCAGCUCCCGACUUUGAAAAAGUGGCACAGAAACAUGUCUACAAACGUGAGAUUUUUCUAACUGAAGGAGAUGAUGCAGCUUUCGAAAUGCUUCUUGGAAAGACUACCAUGUUUCCUCCAAAAAUUUUGUUAGACCAACAUGUUCCUGUUUAUAAAGCUGUACAGAAGCCUGGAGAAUUCAUAAUUACUUUUCCUCGAGCUUAUCAUGCUGGUUUCAGCCAUGGUUUCAAUUGCGGUGAAGCUGUCAAUUUUGCCAUUGGUGAUUGGUUUCCUCUUGGUACUGUUGCUUGCCGGCGCUAUGCACUUCUUAAAAGGAUGCCAUUGUUACCUCACGAGGAACUACUGUGCAUGGAAGCAAUGCUCCUUUUCAGGAAUUUGACAAAUUUGAAUUGUAAAGAUUCUGAUUCAGGGAAUGAAGAGUUGUUCAACCAGAAUUGGGUUAAGGCUUCCUUUGUGAGCUUGAUGAGGUUUCAACAUCGUGCCCGCUGGUGGCUCAUGAAGUUGGGAGCUCAGGCUUAUUACUCUUCGAAUUUUCCAACAACUAUGCUUUGUGGCAUCUGCAAGCGUGAUUGCUAUGUAGCCUAUGUCACGUGUAAUUGCUAUAACAACCCCAUCUGCCUUCAUCAUGAGAGUGAGAUAAGAAGCUGUCAGUGUGGCUCUAAUCGCACUAUCUUGUUAAGGUCAGAUCUUUUAGAAUUUGAGACUGUAGCAAAGAAAUUUGAGCAAGAAGAUGGGAUAACAGAGUUUGAAAAGCAAUUACAGGAAAAUGAAUUCAUUUCAUCACAGCCGAACGUUUUUCUUUACCCUGUUGAGGAUGGUUAUAGUCCGUUUUGUGAAAUACGAUUUGAAGAAGGUAAAAAAAGGGAUGCUAGAGAAGAAUGUAAAACAAUGUCAGGAUCAACUUUUUCUUUGCCAAAAGAGUGUUUUGCACUGAAUGAACCAUGUUCAACUUCAGAUAGAAAUAACACUUAUCAGAAAAUUUCCCAGAGCGAGUUAAUUUAUCCACGGAGAUCUGCUGAAUCAAAUGCAACUGAAAUGAGUAUUGCUGGAUUUGAAGCUGGUUCCCACACUGCAGCUGUACAAGAUUUUGAUGAUUCGGACUCUGAAAUAUUCAGGGUUAAGCGUAGGUCUGUUAUAAGUUCAGAGGAAAAAGAUAGAGCAGAUUCAAGAUUUCCUGAAAAACUGGCAUUCAAGCGGUUGAAGAAGCACAGUUUGGAGGCAUCAAAAGAAGUUGUCGGUAGAAGCUCCAUCGGUGGAGGAGUUUGUCCUGCACCAUCGACGAUGAGGCGUCACCCUUUAGAUUCCACGUUAGACAAAUCGGGGAGGAAUAAAGAAAUGGAGCAGCAGAAGUUAUAUAAUAAGCAUAGGCGGAGGGAGAACCGUGCGCACUAUUUGCCAGUUUCCAGUGCAGAAUCACCUUCUGCAGUAGAGCUCGGCCCAAAGCGGCUAAAAGUUAGAGGCCCUUCCUUGUCUGCCGCCAUUGUUGAGCAGAGCAGUUUCUGCUGCAGAUUUUCUGAGAGCGAUGAGAAGGAAGACAUUUCUCUCAGAGCGUGA